AUGAGUGAGCCAAUUUUGGUUGUUCAUAUUGGUGCUGGAAAUCAAUCAUUAGCUCGUAAAAAUAAGUACAUAGGUCUUAUAAAGAAAUCAUUGAGUACGCAACAAAUCCUUAAUGCUAGUCAAGUGUUGGAAAGAUCAUCUUUGACCAAUACUGGAUAUGGAUCAGCAUUGAAUUUGGAAGGUGAAGUUGAAUGUGAUUCCAGUUAUGUUAUAGCAUGUCGUGGACUGAACCAAGUAGAAAUGGGGGCAUUCUACAAUGUGCGGCAUGAGUAUCCAAUUUCAGAAACCAUUGAUGUAUGGCAUAGAUUAAACCAAUUAUAUCAACCAGGCGGUAAAUUGGGUAAUGUAGGACUUUCUCGACCUGUGUUAGUUAAUUAUGAUCUGGUUAAACACCUUGUUUCCAGUCGUGCGGACAUUGAGAGCGGUAGUAGAGAUCUGUUGGUAUCCCCUAAAAACAUGGAGAUUUAUAGAGCUUACAAGGAUAAAGGUCUUGUAGAUUACAAUCAAGAUGUAACAGAUACAAUUGGACUAAUUGAGAUCAAGUCUGAGAAAACAAGUAUUAUGACUUCUUCUGGUGGGAAUUUCUUCAAAUUACCUGGUAGAAUAGGAUGUGCAGGGGUAAUUGGAGCAGCCAUUUCCCAUAGAGUUCAAGAUAACCAUAUUGCAAUCUCUUGUAUGUGUAGUGGAAAUGGAGAAGAUAUUAUAAUGAUGAGUCUUGCACGAAGUAUAGCUGACGGCUUGAUACAAUUGAACGAAAAUGGGUACGAUUAUGCUGAAACAAUGGUUCAAAUCAUUACACAAGAAAGUUCUAAGAUAUCAUUAACAAGUGUAAACAACUCAAAUGAAAAGAUUGUUUAUGUUGGUGCUAUCUGUGUAAUUGAUGAUUUACAAACGAAUAAAAAGGUUUUGGUUUAUUGCCAUAGUACUGAAAGCUUCUUCUUUGGAUUCCAAAAGGGUAAUAAUGAACCUGAAGUUAUUUUAAGCACUCUUGGAACUUCCCCAAAACUAGGAACUUAUUGUAGAGGAGAGUUUAGAAUAUAA